GCAAUACAGUGCGUCGCUGACUGCGCUUGUGUCCAGUUGAAAUUCGUUGAUUGUCGCUCGCUGGAUGCGGACUUGGACGGGAGGAAAGUGCGAAAAGUGUUUUCUAGACAAAAUCCGUGCGGAGUGUGCAAAUGGAGGACUGAAAACGUCGCUUCACCUCUGACUUCGACUCGCAACCGUGUCUGGCAUCGAAUCAAAGUGCGUUGUGCUGGUGGCGUCGCGUGAAAACCCAUCGAAAUCGCGGAGAUUGUGCGCUGCGUCGUGUGCCCGGUUGUGCUGUGGGAACGUUUCGGUGCGAGAAAAAAAAUGUCGGCCGACACAGUGUUGUGGACUUGGGCGAGGAUGCACCUGUGCUGCGUGGCCAUGCUGGCUGUCCUAGGAUUUAAUCAAGUUAGCGCCCAAGAUCAAUGCGUUUGGUAUGGCGUCUGUAAUCAGGACGCAACACAAAAUAAACAAUAUUGUCCAUAUGAUGGCCCACCUAAACCGACUACUGACAAAAUGAAGGAGUUACUUCGUUUGCGAUGUCCGCAUCUUUUAAAUGAGACACAUUUAUGUUGCGACGAACAAAUGCUUGCAAUUCUUAACGAUAAUGUGAGGCUUGCAGCAAAUUUUCUUGAUCGUUGUCCUUCGUGCAUGGCCAAUCUUGUGGCGCAUAUGUGCGAAUUUACUUGUAAUAGAAAUCAAAAAUCUUUUAUGCAAAUUAUAGAUACAAACGUGAACAAAAAUAACGUCACAUAUAUAACAGAAGUUGAUCUUCACAUAAAGGAGGAUUAUUUUAAUAACACAUUCCAAUCAUGCUCGCAGGUACAAGUUCCUUCGACAGGUCGUUUGGCAUUGGAUAUGAUGUGUGGAAUUUACGGAGCAUCAAAAUGCAGUCCCAUGAGAUGGUUCCAGUUUAUGGGCGAUGCCAGGGACAAUCCUUACGUUCCAUUCCAAAUCAACUAUCGAGCGGAAGGGGACAAUACGACAACAGAAUUUACACCGCUUGAUCCGAAAACAUAUGGUUGCAGUGAAGCCUUGAAUCCCAGCACACCAGCAUGCUCGUGUGUUGAUUGUGAAGCGUCCUGUCCUAAACCUCCACCAGAACCACCGAUUCCUCAACCAUUUCGUAUUGGAAAUUUUGAUGCAAUCUCAGUUAUCAUGUUGAUCGUUUUCCUAGUUGGAUCGUUGUUGUUCUUGAUGGGCGUAUGCCUCUUCCCGUCGAGAAAAAUCGAAGCCUUGAUGGUGGAUGAGGAAGACAGCCAUUUAAAUUCAAGUAUUGGACGGAGAUUGGCCGGGGAACAUUCAAACAGCGAUAUAACUGCUGAUCGUGAAGAUUCACCACUGCAGUCUAAAAGAUCUAGUUUCUCUUGGGAAGGUGACACAGAUGUGAAUACAGUUCGCGCUGAAGGUUCGGGUGGAGCUCAAAACGAAAUCGGCUAUUUCGAACGACUUGGAGCCGAAACUGAAACAUUUUUAGAAAAUAUGUUUACAGUCUGGGGCACAUUCUUUGCGAAUCACGCUUGGUUUACAUUACUGACAGGGGUCAUUUUCGUCGUUGCACUUGGAUGUGGCAUUAAGCUGCUGUAUAUCACCACCGAUCCUGUCGAGUUGUGGGCAUCACCAACAUCUAGAUCUCGUAUCGAAAGGGAAUAUUUCGAUUCAAAUUUUGAACCAUUUUAUCGAAUUGAACAGCUUAUCAUCAAAGCAGUUGACCUACCCGACGUACAACACAAUACUUCGGAUGGUGUUCUCACUUUCGGUCCCGUUUUUAACAGAGAUUUCCUAAUGGCAGUCUAUGACCUACAAGAAGCUAUCAAAGUGGUUGGAAAAAGCGAUGGAAUUGACCUUGGAGAGAUAUGCAACGCACCAUUGAGAUCUAAUUUCCGUCCGGCAUCAAUUUCCGAUUGUGUCAUUCAAUCUGUUUGGGGUUAUUUCCAAGACAGUGUGGAAAUAUUUAAUCAAACUGAUGACAUAGAUGGUUUUGAGGUGAAUUACCUCGAUCAUUUCGUGCAAUGCUUUGGAAAUGAAUUCAACCCUGAAUGUCUGGCACCAUAUGGCGGCCCAGUAGAUCCUGCAAUUGCACUUGGUGGCUUUUUGGCUCCUGGUGAACAAUUAUCAUCGUCAGUGAACUAUCGAAAGGCAAAUGCUGUCAUUUUAACUUUCCUCGUAAACAACCGUCACAAUAAGACUCAACUGUCGAACACUCUCGAGUGGGAGAAGAAAUAUGUAGAAUUCAUGCAAAACUACACAAAAUACAACAUGAGCAAGAAUAUGGACAUUGCCUUCACAUCAGAACGUUCAAUAGAGGACGAACUGAACAGAGAAUCUCAAUCAGACGUGUCGACAAUUCUCGUGUCGUAUUUGAUUAUGUUCGCGUACAUUGCGAUUUCACUGGGACACGUCGAACGCUUCAAUAGAAUAUUUAUCGAUAGCAAAAUAACACUUGGCUUAGGAGGAGUUAUCAUCGUGCUGGCUUCCGUAGUUUCUUCCGUGGGACUUUUUGGAUACAUCGGCCUGCCGGCAACUCUUAUCAUUGUUGAAGUCAUUCCGUUCUUGGUGCUAGCCGUCGGUGUGGAUAAUAUUUUCAUAUUGGUACAAACGCUGCAGAGAACUGAACGGAAACCCAACGAAACACAUGCUGAACAUGUUGGACGUGUGCUGGGUCGCGUUGGUCCUUCUAUGCUUUUGACUUCCGUGAGUGAGAGCUGUUGCUUCUUCUUGGGUGGACUGUCCGACAUGCCGGCUGUAAAAGCAUUCGCAUUGUACGCUGGAAUGGCCUUGUUGAUCGAUUUUCUACUGCAAAUUACAUGCUUCAUCAGCCUACUAGCUUUGGAUAACAAGAGACAAGCGGAGAAUCGUUUCGAUAUAUUUUGUUUCAUUCGUGGAAAGAAGACUGACGACGUGCAGACACAAGAGGGAUUACUUUUUAAAUUUUUCAAAUCAAUUUAUGUGCCGUUCCUCAUGAAAAAUACAGUUCGUGUGACGGUAAUGAUAGUGUUCUUCGGAUGGUUAUGCUCUAGUAUUGCGGUGGCCCCAAGAAUAGACGUCGGAUUGGAUCAAGAGCUUUCAAUGCCUGAAGAUAGUUUUGUUUUGCAUUACUUCAGAUCCCUGAAGAAUUACCUGAGCAUUGGGCCGCCAGUUUACUUUGUUCUCAAGAAGGGAAUGAAUUUGUCUUCGACUCGCGAACAGAAUUUGAUAUGUUCUGGUCGAAAUUGUAACACGGACAGUCUUUCGAUUCAAAUUUAUCUAGCAAGCAAUCGCCCGAAUACAUCAUACAUUGCAAGACCGAGUUCAAGCUGGUUAGAUGACUAUUUCGAUUGGAGCACUUCGGUUAGUUGCUGUAAAUACUUCCCAUCAAAUGGAAGCUUCUGUCCACAUCAAAGUGGCAGCUGUGAACGGUGCAAAAUUACAACAGACGGUUCAAGACCCGACGAGGCAUCAUUCAAACAUUAUCUACCAUUCUUCUUACAAGACAAUCCCGAUGAGACAUGCGCGAAAGCCGGGCAUGCUGCAUAUGGGACCGCGGUUAACUAUGACGAAGAUCCGAGAACUCAUGAUGCAUUUGUAAAGUCCUCGUAUUUUAUGACCUACCACACAAUCCUCAAGACAUCUGAAGAUUACUACCAGGCCCUGAGAUCCGCCCGAAAAAUAGCCGCCAACAUCACGCAUACAAUCCAAUCAAAUCUCGUGAUGGGCGGUAUGAAGCUUGAAGAUGCAAUGCAAGUAGAGGUGUUCCCCUAUUCCGUCUUCUACGUUUUCUACGAACAGUAUCUCACAAUGUGGCCGGACACAUUGCAAAGUAUGGGAAUCUCAGUGUUGGCGAUAUUUAUUGUAACUUUCCUUCUCAUGGGAUUCGAUAUCCAUUCCUCGUUAGUUGUAAUCAUUACGAUAACCAUGAUCGUCAUCAACAUUGGAGGUCUCAUGUACUAUUGGGAUAUCUCCCUGAAUGCUGUGUCCCUCGUGAACUUGGUCAUGGCCGUGGGAAUAUCAGUUGAAUUCUGUUCACAUUUAGUGCACAGUUUCUCGGUAUCUAUUGAAACAACGCGAAUAAAGAGAGCAGCGGACUCAUUAGCAAGAAUGGGAAGUUCCAUAUUUUCGGGAAUUACAUUGACAAAGUUCGCGGGAAUAUUGGUGCUAGCUUUUGCGAAUAGUCAGAUCUUUCAAGUGUUCUAUUUUAGAAUGUAUUUGGGAAUAGUGGUGUUCGGAGCAGCGCAUGGCCUUAUAUUUUUACCUGUACUGUUGAGUUAUAUUGGCGUGAUGGACCGUAAAUCUCGAAAACGUAACCUCACCGGAACAAAUAACAUCCAGAACAACACAUCGAAUGACGACGACGUUCUUUCAUAUCAGGAAGCUCCUCUUCUGUCAUCGCACCCAACCUACGGAACUAUAAAUAGCGACCCUUUUUAACUUGAUUCAUAUAAAUACAUACAUCUAUAAACUCCGUCUGUACAUGUAUGAAAGUUUUAUACUAUUAAGUCUAAAUCUAAAAUGUAAAUUAUUUAUUCAUAUACAAGUACGAAUUAAGACCCAUUUCUAGAUAAGUACGAGAUGCUGAAGGUGGAGAACUUGAUGGUCUUUUUGUAAAUUUAGAACCAAACUGAAAACUAACAAAUUCAAACCAAAAAACCUAAUUGAUUUUGGGCGGGCCUUUUUCAAGAUGAAAACCAAAAACAAAGAGUAAACGUAGAUUUAUAAAAUGUAUUAAGUAGCGUUUUGUACGAGCGAGUCAGUCCGGACCCGACCAUUGUGCAAAUGAGAAAACCCUGGAGAGCGCGAUGUGAACUUCCUUAAGCACUUGCUUGAAUUUGUCUUUAGUUUUCCUUACGUUAGAGUUGUAGGCGUUGUUUUAACACCUGGUUUGCCAGCGGGUGUUCAGUUGGUGUCUCUGGAAACUGCGUCGCCCACAUUUUUAUUUGCAUUUUGUUUUCAACUAAGAAAAUCUAAACUCUCAUUGGCCUUCCGAACUGUAUGGAGUAGUGUAGGUAAUACAUUAAUAACAAUGAUGGAGGUGCGUAGGUGGUGCGCACCGGCAACAUCAACAUGUCACGUGUCUGUUUAUAUAUCUAAUAGCUCCGUUGUACGAAAUAUGAUUAUAUUAACUCCAGUUAUUUGCAAUGUAUUGGAUAUUUUUAUAAUACAAUUUUGAGAAAUGUGAUAUUAAAAUAAAAUAUGAGGGUCUUAAAUGAUGUUUAUACCUAGAUAAAAUGAAUGUAAAUGAAAACGAGCUAAAUAAGUCGCCACUUUCGAAGGGAGUGCCGGCGAUAUGUGUGUUAGGCUAGGGAGAGAUAUAAAGUUGGUUAGAUGAUAAUAAAAAUGUUAAAACCUAUAAAAUAUAUAUCUAGAACUACACUUGAGACUAGUUUAUAACAAAUUGGCGAUAAUUGAAAAUAGGCAAGCGGAAAAUAGAUAAUGAAAAUGGAAACAGUAUUUUUUUCGAAUGUUAGAGAAAUUAUUAUCAUCAGUUAUGGAUGCAGGUACGGCUAAAUUCCAUUAAUGUUUAAGUAUUUUUGUGCUUUCGGUUUCUGCUGCAUUGAGAAUGGACGCAAAUUGUACUGGGAAUAUUUUCACUUGAUUAGCUUUGCAUUAGAGAGAAAGGAAAAGAAUAUAUUAUAUAGUUUGGAGUAGUGAGAUAAGAAUGAUAUGCAGUAUUCUCUUUUUUUGUUGUUUUUAUGCUUUCAAGUAUAUAAACCUAUAUGAAAAGCUUUUCUGGUUGGCACCGGGUCAAUGUAUACUACUACAGUAAACCAAAACAAUUGUGUGACAAAGAAACACUAUAAUCUUAGGCACAUAACCUUUAUUGUGAACUGGUAAAUAUGGAAUAAAAAUCGUCUUUGGUAUA